AUGAAUGGCAAAGUAAAGAGUUCCCUUAACAAUCCACUCCGUGUUCGCUGCAUACUCUAUGGCCUGACUGAAGGUUGGUCCGUCAACCAAUCGUGCCUGCUUGUUCCGGUCAGCCACUACGUCCAACAAGCGUCUAAUGACAUGAUUGGUAACAAGCCCAAUGAAUUUUACUCUCGCCCGAUGAAGCCAUUCUUGAAUGGGAACAAUGCUCAGUCCAAUGGUGCAACAGAUUUACUUGACCUUCGUGUGACCUUUUCGAGAGACCGCGCCUUCUCCUUGACCCCUGGGGUCGCUGAUCUCUCACGCACGGAUGUUCGCGGCAGAUGCUCUUCCGUCGUCCUGCCAAUGCGAAAGCUCAUUUUACCUGGUAGCCUAUAG